AUGGUGGUAGAACAUAAUACCAACGAACAUUACUCAUAUUACCUACAUUUUCAUCUUGCUUCUGGUGGCUUCUCUGGAUUCAAGGAUGAUACUGUCGAACAGACCGGAAUUAACUCUCCACAGGGUACUACUCAAGUGUAUGUGUAUUGGUAUCCUAAGGAUGAAUAUAGUAGGCCACUCUUGAUUGACAUACAAGAAUCAUCCAAUAGCUGGUACCAAAGGAGAUAUCUUGACUCUAACGAAUGGGACCCAGUAAAGGAUCCUCCAACUCGUAUUGGUACUGAUCCUAAGAUUCUUCCACUUCUUCAGAGUAUAAAGAAAAAACCUACUGGACUUUCUCCUGGAACAAUAGCAGGAAUAUCUGUUCCUGGCAUCUUGACUGGUGGAGCUGCCGUUGGUGAUGUUGUCUGGAAGGGACCUGCUCUACUACGGGGGCUAUUAUUAGCAUUAAGAACACUCUUUUAG